AUGGCCAAAUCCGCCAUGCCCCACGUCUUUUCUGAGUUCAAUCUCGCCAUACACUCACUUACCGCCUACAUCACCCGAGUUCAGUCUCGUCAUACCCUACCUACCGCCAACACCACCCGAGUUCAGUCUUGUCAUACCCUAUCUACCCCUACACCACCCGAGUUCAGUCUCGUCACACCCCAUCUACCCCCAACACCACCUGAGUUCAGUCUCGUCACACCCUAUCUACCGCCAACACCACCCGAGUUCAGUCUCGUCACACCCUAUCUACCGCCAACACCACCCGAGUUCAGUCUCGUCACACCCCAUCUACCGCCAACACCACCCGAGUUCAGUCUCGUCACACCCUAUCUACCGCCAACACCACCCGAGUUCAGUCUCGUCACACCCCAUCUACCGCCAACACCACCCGAGUUCAGUCUCGUCAUACCCUAUCUACCGCCUACACCACCGAAGUUCAGUCUUGUCAUACCCUAUCUACCGCCAACACCACCCGAGUUCAGUCUCGUCACUCCCUAUCUACCGCCUACACCACCCGAGUACAGUCUCGUCACACCCCAUCUACCCCCAACACCACCCGAGUUCAGUCUCGUCACAUCCCAUCUACCGCCUACACCACCCGAGUACAUUCUCGUCACACCCCAUCUACCGCCUACACCACCCGAGUUCAGUCUCGUCACACCCCAUCUACCCCCAACACCACCCGAGUUCAGUCUCGUCACACCCCAUCUACCGCCUACACCACCCGAGUACAUUCUCGUCACACCCCAUCUACCGCCUACACCACCCGAGUUCAGUCUCGUCACACCCCAUCUACCCCCAACACCACCCGAGUUCAGUCUCGUCACACCCCAUCUACCGCCUACACCACCCGAGUACAUUCUCGUCACACCCCAUCUACCCCCAACACCAACCGAGUUCAGUCUCGUCACACCCCAUCUACCGCCUACACCACCCGAGUUCAGUCUUGUCAUACCCUAUCUACCGCCAACACCACCCGAGUUCAGUCUCGUCAUACCCCAUCUACCGCCAACACCACCUGAGUUCAGUCUCGUCACACCCCAUCUACCGCCAACACCACCCGAGUUCAGUCUCGUCAUACCCCAUCUAUCCCCAACACCACAGAAGUUCAGUCUUGUCAUACCCUAUCUACCCCCAACACCACCCGAGUUCAGUCUCGUCACACCCCAUCUACCGCCAACACCACCCGAGUUCAGUCUCGUCAUACCCCAUCUACCCCCAACACCACGGAAGUUCAGUCUUGUCAUACCCUAUCUACCGCCAACACCACCCGAGUUCAGUCUCGUCACUCCCUAUCUACCGCCUACACCACCCGAGUACAGUCUCCUCACACCCUAUCUACCGCCUACACCACCCGAGUACAUUCUCGUCACACCCUAUCUACCCCCAACACCAUCCGAGUUCAGUCUCGUCACACCCCAUCUACCGCCUACACCACCCGAGUACAGUCUCGUCACACCCUAUCUACCCCCAACACCAUCCGAGUACAGUCUCGUCACACCCUAUCUACCCCAAACACCACCCGAGUUCAGUCUCGUCACACCCUAUCUACCCCAAACACCUACCGAGUUCAGUCUCGUCAUACCCCAUCUACCACCUACACCACCCGAGUUCGGUCUCGUCACACCCCAUCUACCCCCAACACCACCCGAGUUCAGUCUCGUCAUACCCAAUCUACCCCCAACACCACCCGAGUUCAGUCUCGUCAUACCCCAUCUACCACCUACACCACCCGAGUUCAGUCUCAUCAUACCCCAUCUACCCCCAACACCACCCGAGUUCAGUCUCGUCAUACCCCAUCUACCCCCAACACCACCCGAGUUCAGUCUCGUCAUACCCCAUCUACCGCCUACACCACCCGAGUUCAGUCUCUUCAUACCCCAUCUACCCCCAACACCACCCGAGUUCAGUCUCGUCAUACCCCAUCUACCCCCAACACCACCCGAGUUCAGUCUCGUCAUACCCCAUCUACCGCCAACACCACCCGAGUUCAGUCUCGUCAUACCCCAUCUACCCCUAACACCACCCGAGUUCAGUCUCGUCAUACCCCAUCUACCCCGAACACCACCCGAGUUCAGUCUCGUCAUACCCCAUCUACCCCGAACACCACCCGAGUUCAGUCUUGUCAUACCCCAUCUACCCCGAACACCACCCGAGUUCAGUCUUGUCAUACCCCUUCUUCCGAGUCUGGCGUCAGCUCUGUUCUUGAUAAGGCAGGCAGGGGAUGUGACGUCGAGAGUAUAUACAGACAUGUACGGACUGAUAAACUAA